AUGUCUGCCAUUAACACAAAUGGAAAAAUUGGUAGUUGGAUUAUGUCUAAAAGAGGAGUUCGACAAGGUGAUCCUCUAUCUCCUCUUUUGUUUGUUUUGGCAGCUGAUGCUUUUACCAGUAUGUUGAAUUUAGCAGCUGAAGCAUCUCUUAUAGAACGAUUGGGUCCUAUUAAUAUGUCCCAGAAGGUUUGCUGCCUUCAAUAUGCUGAUGAUACUUUAGUUUUUUGUAAAAACAAAAGAAAGCAGCUUACAGUCCUGAAACUGAUCUUAUACUGUUUUGAAUUAGCAUCUGGAUUAAAAAUAAACUUCAACAAGAGUUUGCUCAUUGCUCUUGAAGAUAAUGAGAUCUUGCAGCAUAAUCUGGCUGGCAUGUUAAAUUGUAAAAGUGGAAGUUUUCCUAUCACUUAUCUUGGAGUUCCUUUGAGGCCUGGGUGGCUUAUUGAUAAAAUUGAUAUGAUGAGGAGAAGAUUUUUAUGGACUGGCUCUUUGGAACACAAGAAUUCUUCUAACUUGGUUAAAUGUGAAGAGAUUUGCAGACCCAAAAAGCUAGGUGGCUUAGGUAUUAUAAAUUUGAGAACUAUGAAUAAAGCUUUGUUGGGAAAAUGGAUUUGGAAAUGGUUUGAUGAUAAGAUGGAUCUAUGGAAACAAAUAAGUUUCUACAAGUAUUUUGAGAAUAAAAACUGUACUUGUGUAGAUGUGGGGAAUGGAAAUAAAACUCUUUAUUGGCUUGAUAAAUGGACAUGUGCAAAUACUCUGGCUUCUAUGCUUCCUUCUCUUUAUAACAUUGCAUCAUUCUCUUAUGCUACUAUUACCAGUUCUCAAAUAUCUGAUCGUGCAGCUAGACUACAAGAGAGGAGGAGGAAAAAAGCUGCUUCAGUUGCUGGAAUCUCUUCUGUUUGCACAGCUGGGAGGGUGAUUGAUUUGCUGGAAUGA